AUGGAGGUCGCCUACCUCUACACGAAGGUGCGGAGCGACUUUGGGAAGCAGGUGCGCUUCGAGGACCCGGAGACGCGCAUCCUCUUCAGCGUGGCCCCGAGCGACGAGUUCGACAAGUCCUUCGUGCUGCGGAACCCGAGCGUGGCGACGCUGGACACGAGCCCCCACAUGAGCGAGCACGAGACGAACACGGAGCGCCUCGUGGUGAAGAACUCGAGCAUCCGCCACAUGGAGGGCGGCUGGCCCAAGGACGUCGACGCCGCGGAGCCGACGGACGUGAACCGGUACCGCAAGAAGGCGGAGAAGGACGAGGACUACAAGACGACCAUGAAGAACCUGGGCCCCAUCAUCUCGCGCUGCAUGCGCCAGAACAACACCAUCGACAUCUACGAGGAGUACUUCUCGCGCGACGACCGCGACUGGUCGGGCGAGCCGCCGAGCGCCAAGGGCCUCGCGGUCUUCCGGGACCCCAACGCCAUGAAGCGCACGGCGACGUCCAUCCACUGGCACCCCGAGGGCCCGACGAAGAUCGCCGUGUCCUACUCCAUCCUCAACUUCCAGGACUCGCGGUUCGCGUCCGCGCGGCUCCCCGUGCAGAGCUACAUCUGGGACAUCAUCAACCCGAACACGCCGGACACGGAGCUCACGCCGCCGAGCCCCCUCUGCUGCCUGCGCUUCAACCCGAAGUCGACGGACACGCUCGUCGGCGGCUCCUACAACGGCCUCGUGACGUUCUACGACCUCCGGCGCCAGGGCGGCGGGUCGCCGCUCGAGUCGUCCGUCAUCGAGAAGAGCCACCACGACCCCAUCUACGACGUCUUCUGGAUCUCGUCGAAGACGGGCAACCAGUGCGCCUCCGUGUCCACCGACGGCCAGAUGCUCUGGUGGGACACGCGGCGCCUCGGCGAGCCCGUCGACAAGCUCCUCCUCAACUCGGACGCGAAGGGUUCGGGCAUGGUGCUCGGCGGGUCGUCCAUGGAGUACAACAAGGAGAUCCCGACGAAGUACCUCGUGGGCACGGAGCAGGGCAUCGUCCUCUCCCUCAAUCUAAGGAACCGGAAGCAGAACAACGGCAUCACGGUCUACGACGCGGGCGCGGGCAAGCACCACGGGCCCAUCUACUCCAUCCAGCGCAACCCGACGCACAACAAGUUCUUCAUGACCGUCGGCGACUGGACGGCGCGCAUAUGGAUGGAGGACCUGAAGACGCCCAUCAUGACGACGAAGUACCACUCCGCGUACCUCACGUCCGGCUGCUGGAGCCCGACGCGCGCGGGCGUCUUCUACGUGACGCGCAUGGACGGCGUCGUCGACAUCUGGGACUACUUCUACCGCCAGAACGAGGUCGCCUACAGCCACAAGGUCGGCGACGCCGCGCUCUCGGCCAUCUCCGUGUCGAACGGCUCCGGGCGCCUCGUGGCCGUCGGCGACGCGAACGGCACCGUGUCCCUGUUGGAGGUCUGCGAGUCCCUCGCCGCGCCCCAGGCCAACGAGAAGAACGCCAUCGCGUCCAUGCUCGAGCGCGAGACGAAGCAGGAGAAGAACCUCGAGCUCCGGGACCGCGACUUGCGCCGCGCGCGCGAGAAGAAGGACGAGGCCCGCAAGAAGGAGUGCGCCGACGAGAAGGAGAAGAAGGACGCCAAGAUGGAGGAGCAGCUCCGCACGGUGGACGCCAACUUCCUCAACAUGAUCAAGGAGGCCGAGGACGACGAGUCCAAGGUCGAGGGCGUCACGCUCGACGAGUCCCACGCCUAG